AUGAACCGAAAUUUGAUAUUUGCAUUCCUUUUAUUGGCUGCACUUGCCAUGGUCAAUGCUGUUCCAUAUCAAUUUCUUAAAAGAAGUAGAGACGUAGGUUUGCCAUGUCCAUAUACAAAUCCUAGCGGCUCUACCAUCUAUGCAAACCUUAAUCCUUUCCCCCCUGUUUCUAAUCAACCCAAUAAUUAUACAGUUGAAGGAGUAAUGUUAGGUUAUGAAAUCACUCCUUAUAAAACCGAAAUUAUAGUUCUGUAUACUGAUCAGAACCAUGCUCUCAUAAGUAGUUAUAAUAAGGCUUUGGAUUUUUAUUAUGCGAACGCAGCUCCAUUUUCAAUUGAUGUACCAGAUGUUCCAACACCAAUACUUCCUAGUGCAUACAUAAUUACAGUAAUAAUUGGAGAUAAAACCGAUAAUGAUCCAAAUAUUGUAGAAACCCAUGCUUGUGCAUAUGCUAAUUUUGUAGGGACGAGAAUAUUAGUGACCUCAAGGAGAUAUAAAGGCGAAAAACAAAACGACUUUGCUGGUGUAGACGCAGACAAGCUCAAGCUAUGGAAGGCAAUCUCAAAGACAAAGACAAACUCGAAACACUUUCCUGAUUCACCAACCGAAGAAUGUAUUUAUGUCCUAGUCGAAGCGCUCGUGUCAACCGCCACUUCGAGCCGUGAACAGGAAUUACUUGACAAACUUACCUCGUCGAAAGCAUUACUCAACAAGUCCGUUUAUGCUCGAAACGGACGAAGGACAGUGAAUAUCGAACACCCUGCACUUGAAAAUGAUGGGGGCAGUGCUCAACAUAAACGCCCUCAAAACCCUUUUCUGAUCGGUCGUUCUCAAAGGUAUCAACUUUAUGGUCUUGGCGAAUCAGACGAUCAUUCAUUAUCAGUGUUCCCGCCUUUCACUUGCGAGCAUAAAGAACUAAAAGACGAUUAUUCCCAGGCAAUACUUAAACAUCUUAUAGCCGAAUUGGAGGCGCGUCUUAAGUCCAUUUCAAUCAUGGAGGAAGAAGGUUUGUUUACGGGUAAGACUUAUGAAAUUGUUACAGAUGCGGAAAAUGAACAUGUAGAUAACGUUGAUAGAGUCCUCGGGCAUAUUACAUGGUUAUUGGAGGAGGCACAAAAGGCGGACUCAGCUGUUAACUUAGGCGGUGAGCAAGAAAUCAAAAGGAGCAUAAAUAAUAUUAUAUUAACGGGUAUGCAAUCCGAAGUAGAUUUAUUGAGGCAACACUUCACCGAACUUGAGGUUAAGGCAGAGAAAGGUGAGCUCGAGGCCAGGAAUGCCGAGAUCCCUGAACUUAGAAAGAAGGUUGCUACAGAUUUUUCAACUGAGAAUGUUGAACUUAAGCUAGGGUUACGAAGAUGGAGCAGAAUUACGGACGGAUGCGAUAUACUCGACUCUGCUUAGAGCAAUGUAAGCCUGAUCACGAAGUCAAUGAUGUGGUGCCAUAAGGGUGGUUAUCUAUAGAUAACUCGAUAUAUACCCGCUAGCUUCAAGUUAUCAGAGGAUAGAAAGGGAUGCUUUCUUAUACUAGUAGAUGAGACGAACAAGAAAAGUGUUAGUGAUAAUAUA